AUGCCUGGGCACUUGCGCGUUGCCUGCGUGCAAAUGAAUCCGCUUCACAAUCAAGUGGAAAGGAACUGCGAGCAUGCGUUGAACAUGUUGAAGAAGAAGGAGCAUCAGUUAAAGGGUGUGCAUUUGCUUGUGCUUCCGGAGAUGAUCAUGACUGGUUACCAUUGGCGAGAUGCAGACCACAUCCAGCCUGUCCUUGAGGCCGCCCAAGGCCAGACACACAAAUGGUGCAAGUCCGUGGCCAAAAUGCUGAGCUGUGUGGUUUGCUGCGGAGUGCCUCGCCGAAAAGGGCGGAAGCGAUUGAACUCCAUGAUUGUCACAAGCCCCCGUGGCAAAGUCGUUGAGGCCGUCGACAAGGUCCACCUCUACGAGUCGGACAAGACCUGGGCUGAGCCUGGAGAUGGCUUCAAGAGCGUGGAAACCGUGGAGGGCUUGCCUGUGUCCCCGGUGGGCUUCGGAAUCUGCAUGGACAUCAACCCAGCAGACUUCAAGGCACCGGCCGAGAAGUUUGAGUUCGCAAACUUCCACCUGCAGCACAACUCCAAGCUCUUAGUCUUCACGUCGGCCUGGUGCAAGAACCACCCGGAUGACAAACCCGAGGCUUUUGCGGAGAAGUCCGACGCAGAGCUUUCGCAAGAGACCAUCGAUGCCUGGCUCAACCGCCUGAGACCCCUCCACGGCAAGCGCGUGAUCUUCGUCUGUGCCAACCGGGUGGGUAAAGAGGAGCUCCGGCUUCUAGGCCGGGACACCGACCUCUGCAACCAGUUCUGCGGGACAAGUUGUGUAAUCUCCCUCGAGGACCAGACUGUUGUGAAGCACCUCUCUGCCAGUGAAGAAGGUAUACUAAUAGCGGACAUACCUGUUCCCUGCGGCUAA